UCACCGCGCGACGGAGUUUCGACCAGUCGCGUUUGUGCGAGGAAUCUGACUGUGAGAAUGAAGCACGUGUGGUGCGACAGGUCCGCGUUCCCAUUGUACAACUCGAUGGAGAGUGUUCGUGUUCAGCAUUUCUUCAAAUGUAAUUGAUUUUGUGUAGAUAUUGUGAAUGAGGUUGAGUUUGUUGGAAUGUGAGGUUGUGGUGGGUGAUAUGGUGUAGGUGAUGGAGUUGGUAGUUAGUGUAAUGUAAAUGAUAGUGGAGUUGUAAUAAUUAAUAUAAAUGAUAAUGAGGUUAUAAUAAAUAAUAGAAAUGAUACUGUAGUUAUAAUAAAUAGUAUUGUUGAAAUUAGAAUGUGAGGUUGGGGUGGGUAAUAGGAAUGGUGUAGGUGAUGGAGUUAGUAAUUAGUGUAAUGUAAAUAGAGUUGUGAUAAUUAAUGUAGGUAAUGUAAAUGAUAGUGGAGUUUUAAUAAAUAAUAUAAAUGAUAAUGAAGUUAUGAUAAAUAAUAUAAAUGACACUAAAGUUAUAAUAAAUAAUAUUACCAAUAUAAAUGACACUAAAGUUAAAACAAUGAGUUCCCAUAUAUUAACAAGAAAACUACCAAAUAAUUAGAGUGACCUAUCUCACACUUUUUUUCAAAAUUCAAACAAUAUAUUUUGAAAAAAAGUUAGUUAGAUUCAUGGAAUAUAUCAAUAACAAUAACCUAAUAAUAGUUGAUAUAAACAAAUAAUUACAUGUUAAUGCAAAUUACAAUGUGAACCAUGGAAUUGGUGACAAUUGUUUACAACGGCCAACGAAAAUAACGUGACAUACACAAGACAUGUCUCCCGUACGAUGGGCUCGCCGGAAGUCGUCGAGCUCCGAGUCAGAGAGGAACUGCUACAACGUGCAGACGUCGCAGGUAACGACCGAGCGGAGUCCCACGAAGAAGGACAAGAAGCGGAUCCAAGAAGAGAGGCGACGGAUCUGCGAGAAGAGGAAUCCCAUCCUGGACCGUGUGAUGAACACCAGGUUGAGCUUCUUCAAGGACCGGGACUCUGAGGAUGAAGAUCAAGAAGAGGAUGAGGAUCCAGAAAAGCUACAGUUCCGUUCCAUGUGCGAGCUGACUCAAAACAGCCUGAGCAGAAAUGAAUUUAGACGGUCAGUGUGCGAGUCAGACUUGAAAGAGAUCAUAGAAGAAGAGAAAACUCAAACGAAAAGAAAAAGACGUUCCAAGUCCCAGAGCAGGUUACCUUACAGGAAGCACCAAGAAGAACGCUUCUCCUUCCUAGGGUUCCGUCCCAUGUCAGCUCAAACAGCGGAAUUAUCUAAAAAGAGUGUCAGCGAAAGUGUCAAUCACCAGAACCGCAGAUGGCGCAAGAGCAAGGAGUACGUUCAAGAGCACAGUUCCACUAGAUCGGUGAACAAUAAUCAAGAAGCACCUACCAGCACAGAAGAGUCUGCAUACAAAGACGGCUCCCAGUUCGACAGCAUCACUCCGUCCAGCUGCCUGGCUGCCAAGUUCAGAGCGAUGCAGGACAGGUACCUCAAGAGCUCGACCAGCAAGCUGAUCGCGAAGAUCUACAAGAAGGACAGCAAGGACAGGGAGAGGAGGAGACUCAGGAGCUUCUCGUACGGCACCUUGCCUGGCCUCGAGGAGCUCAGGACGAAUCCUCUUUACGAAGAGCAAGACCAAGACGAUAAUGAUUCUGGGAUCUUGGACAACGACUCUGCAACUAGUUCCCUUCUGGACGACAGGUGCAGCAGCAGCGCUUCCGGCCUGCUCACUGGCCUUAACGACUCGCUGCACUCCCCACCGCAGCUGCCACCUAGGAAGCCCUCGUCGUCCAUUGUGGAUGUGGAGAGGACGACGCGCUUGUUCUCCAGCUUGGACGUUUACUGCAGCAGGAACGAGGGCAGAGGUUGCAAGAGGGACAUGUCCAGGCUGCACGAGCUGGAGGACUCCACCAGCCAGCUGUGCCAGGCUGCGAACAGCGAGCUCAUAGACCGCAGGGACUCCAAGCCCGACAAGGACGCCACGAGAUUGGACAAAGAGCUGGCCUCGGAGAACUAUUCCGCUCGGUUGCCUGUCAUCAGGAACAGGCCGUACACCACCGAGACCAUGGUCGUGAAGCUCUUCAGGGAGAGCUCGGACCAGUGCUUGGGUAUCUUCAUCGCCAAGACUGCGGAGUCCAGUCCCGGCUACCUGGUGGCCCACGUGGUGCCCAACGGGCUCGCUGACAAGGAAGGCACUUUGAGGAUAGGCGACGAGAUCUUGAUAGUCAAUGGUAAGAGACUCAGGGGACUGAACAUGGCGAAGGCCAGGAAGAUCCUUGGCAGUGGCAGUGGGCCUGGGGAGGUCGACAUCGUCGUCUCCAGGUAUUCCGCUUUGGACCAGUCCUCGAAGAAGCUCACGGAGAGCAGCGUGGACUACGAGAACGUCAACGUGGAGAACGGGCACGGCGUGAUCGUCGACAACGCCUCCAAGUCGCACUUCAAGAAACACCACACCAAACACCACCGCGACAGGAGGAGCGAGUGCAAUAGAUCCACAUCGGAGAAAUCCGUCGCGAACUUGGACAACAGCGCCUCCCAGAGCGUGUCGAAUUUCUGCACUUUGCCCAGGAGGCCGAGGAACACCGUCUCGACGUUCCUCACGGUGGUGUUCCAGAAAGGCCCGGGAAAGAAGUCGCUGGGAUUCACGAUCGUGGGCGGGAGCGACAGUCCCAAAGGAAGCAUCGGUAUCUUUAUAAAGUCGGUGUUGCCAGGUGGUCAAGCCGCAGAAGAUGGCCGAUUGCGUGCAGGCGACGAGAUAUUAGCAGUGAAUGGCCAUGUCUGUCACGACUUAACCCAUAGAAAAGCUGUUCAACUUUUCCGUAACAUUAAAACUGGACCAGUUGCCUUACAUUUGUGCAGACGCAUGAAAAAUAAGGAAUUACAGGCAACGAAGGCUAAAUCGUGCACAGACCUCUUACUCGUCGACACGUGAAGAGAAGCAUUGUACAAGAAGAUUGUAAAAAGAAGCCUCUGUCACUUUUGUAAAAAUAAAUCCGGGACUUGUACAUAUUGUAAAUUUGUAAAGUUUCGUAGCAAUAAAAUUCUUAUUUAAUAAUUGUUCAA